AUUUGGAAUAUCUACUAAAUAAGAAAUGUUUGGUCGUCUUCAUCAAUCAUUUUGAAACUGACCUUAUCCGCAAUGAUGCGGUGUCCUCUUUCCCACUUGUUCCCUUUGUGGCACAUUCCAUCCCUUCUCAUAACUAUAACCUUUUACCCAGAGAGAAUCCAUAGGACAAACCACUGGGCUGAGCCGAGCGUUCGAUUGGAACAGCGCGACGAUAUGGUGAGUUGGGUGACAUAGACCGGUCUUGAUUGGUUCUGGUUGGCUCCGGCAGUGGGAGGAGACUUUCACAAUGGAUGGGAACGCCGGGAACGCGUGUUUACUAGCGUCUGGCUGCGCUGGGAGGGAAAGCAGACAGGAAAAGAGCACACCGAACAAUAAAAGCGGCAUCUAUGAAAAACAUCCCAGAAACACUAAGCACCGAUGCCAAAGGAGCACAGGUCACUGGUGACGUCAAAACAGGCCGCAAUCACAGAGUGCUUAUCACACCGCUGUCUGCCGGCGGUACAGUUCCGCCCUUACAGUGUCUGACCACUGUCUUGUGAUUACGUGACCCGCCCACAGUUGCACUCCCUCACACCCACGUGGGAGACCCUCCGCAGCCUGGGCAGUGGGUAGACUCACCGUUGGACACCCCACCCUUCAGAGAUGAACAGCACCCUGCUUCUGAAUUACCGCAGCGCACGCCCCCCGUUCGGCUCCCCCGGCUCCCCAUUCCGGCAAGCUCUUUCUACCUGCCAUGACAGCCCCGGUCCCUGUGUCUCUGGGCGCCUCCACCGCUUUGCCGCAGCCCCCUCCGGCUCUGUGGCCGCCGCUGGACUUUGCCUUGGGUGCGCUGUCCUGCUGCGGGGCGUGCGUGUUCACCAACCCCCUGGAGGUGGUUAAGACCAGGCUGCAGUUGCAGGGGGAGCUGCGGGCGCGGGGGUCCUACCGGCGGCACUACCGCGGGGUGCUCCAGGCCCUGUGGGUUGUCGGGAGGACAGACGGGCUCCGCGGGCUGCAGAAGGGGCUCUCGGCUGGGCUGAUGUACCAGGGCCUGAUGAACGGCGUGAGGCUGGGCUUCUACUCCUACUGCGACGCCAUGGGGGUCACAGCACUCCCUGGAGGGAGCCUGAUGUCAGGGGCUGUGGCUGGAGCUUUGGGGGCCUUCAUAGCCUCUCCUGCCUAUCUGGUAAAGACACAUCUGCAGGCCCAGACUGUUAAAGCCAUAGCAGUGGGCCACCAGCACAACCAUCAGGGGGUGUCAAGUGCCUUCGCCAGUAUCUACCGGCGGGAGGGCGUGGUGGGGCUGUGGCGGGGGGUGAAUGGGGCUGUGCCUCGAGUCAUGGUGGGAUCCGCAGCCCAGCUGGCCACCUUCAGCUCCGCCAAGGAAUGGGUGGCGCAUCUUCAGUGGUACAGUCCAAACAGCUGGCUGGUUGCCUUGACGGCAGCCUGUAUGAGUGGAGUGGCCGUGACAAUCUCCAUGACGCCUUUUGAUGUCAUCAGCACACGACUCUACAACCAGCCUGUGGAUGAGCGUCAUAGGGGACGUUUGUACCUGGGCUUUUCAGACUGCCUGGUAAAGGUGUGUCGGACCGAGGGCGUGCUGGGGCUCUAUAAAGGCAUGGGGCCCGUGUUCGUUCGCCUGUGCCCUCACACUGUGCUCAGCAUGCUCUUCUGGGACCUGAUGAGACAGAGGGCCUUCCAGGAGGUCCACGGCCAGAGCUGAAGGGAGGACAACGGACAAGGAAUUUAAAUAAGACUCAUACUAUGACCAACCUGUUUGGCCUGUUACCUUCGUUGGAGCCAGAGCUGUGGCCGAUGGCCUCAUACUGUACGGAUUAAGGAGUUAAGACAGAUGGCGUCAUACCGUGUGGAAAAAGACGGGGUGUGUGGAAAGUAGACAAGUAGGACGAGACUCUUGAAUUCUUUGGGUAGGCUUAGUGGUUACACUCCCUCCGUGGUUGUAUCAGAAAGGAUACAUAAUGGCUUGACAUUAUCCCUUGACUUGCAACAUCUCAAUCCAGUGGACACUGUAAAUUGCUGGAGAGUGCAUGUUGAAGAAGGAUAUGGAAACGAGGCUCACACCAUGGACCUAAACCAGAGGUUCCCAAGCUUUUCUGUCCUGUGACCCCAUUUUGUUAUCAGAGGUCUUUUCCGACCACAACACGUUAAAGAGGUCAUGUGUUCAUGACAAAUAUUUACCUUUUUAAUAUGAGCUUUUUAAUAUGACAUGCUUUAGUGAUUUGUAAUUCUAUUUCAAUUAAUGAAGUAAUAUUGAAUUAAGUAAGGUUUGAAAUGGAUCCAGGAAAAUCACUAGGAACUUUAUGCAUGACAGAAGCAUUUUCCUUUAAUUUCUUUAAAAGUUUGGGAUCUAAAGUCAAACAUUUGCUUGGAGGUGACCGUGUAGAUUCUUAGCUUUUAUUUGAUUGUAUUUUUCUAUAUUGACAUUAUGUUCUCUAGUGUUGUACAGCAGCCAUCGUAAGUAAAAAAAACUCAUCAGCAAAUGAAAGCAGGUUCACCUGGACUUAAAUCAGAAAAUUAACUUGGCCCUGAAAACUCAUUGGUUCCUAUGGCCAUUUGUCUCGUCGGUCCAUGAUGCUUUUUUCCCAAGAAGUCUUCAGGCUCUAUUAGAAACUAGUAGGUUAAACUAGUAGCUUUAUUAAUGCCAAAGUAUCCUGUGGGUGAUAGUGGUUGACAACCAGAGUGUUCCGGAUCUGUUUGAUAUUUUAUAUUAUGGUGAGCAUUAUUCAGUCAUCUACUGAAGUCUUUCUUUCUGAUAGCUGAGCUCACCAGUGCUUUCCUUCAUUUAGAUAAUUUUCUAAACUAUUGUUUUUGUUACAUCUAUAGUUUUGGAUAUCUUUCUAGUGUUUCACCCUCGUUAUGUCUUUCCUUACUUUCAUUGACACCCUUUUGGUGUCUGGAAUUGGUGUUAACAGACACCAAUUUCAGACUUCAAAGGCAAACACAAAAGAAAAUCCCAAUUCAAGACAUUUACACCUCUCUUAUGCCUGCACAGAUUGUGAUGAAAACAUGUUGGACAUACCUGAAACACCUGCCAAGUCAAUUGUCUCAAUACCUUUGGGGCCCUGAAAAAAGGUUUUGUCACUUCAAAAAUGGUGAAAGGAAUAUCAACACAAAUGUCCUCAAAUAAAAGCUGAGAAUCAAUAUAAAUUUCACCAUCAUAGUAAUUGUUUCAUUUUAAACCCAAACUUUUAUUUUUGUUUACUGUUCCAAUGCCUACAAAGACCCUGGACCUGACUGUGUAUAAUCUUCUGUGUAGAACAGAACAUUGUUCUUUCUCCUCCAGUCUGAUUUAUUGCCAUGUUGAAUCCCUUCUGUUCUGACAGGUUUAGAUGGGGGAAAAGACAGUAGUUACUGACAGUCUUUUCUAUAAAGAAUGGGGUUAUAAUAUUUCAAUUAGACUGUUAAGAAGGUAGAGAUAUAUUUCUAGGAAGAUAACAGAAACUGCACUGUUUAUUACAUCGACAGUUCGCUGCUACUGGAGAGUACGUGUGCAAUUGGACCUAUUGACAGCUUCUGUUGGGGAUGAUUAAACAACGUAGGUCCAUUUAGUUCAAUGAAAGGGAAGUGAGGUGGGUGUUGGGACCAUUGGGCGAUGCAAUUAGGGUAUGGCAAUGUGUACCGGCAGGACCAAAGAGAAAAGCUGAAGGUUAUGCAAACAUAAUGUUAUAUUGUGUUGCUAUUGACCAAUCAAGUAUAAGUAGUUUUGAGCCUCUAAACAAUUAGCUGUUGAUUCCUGUUUAUACAAAAUUAACUGUUGGUAACUAUCUAGCAUGCUUGCUAGUUUGCUGAAACCCACUUGACUGCUAUGCAUUUGAAAUGUCAUUGCUGUCUAAAGUUGUGCUUUAUAUUAAGACAGUGUUACCCUGGUUCUAGGUACCAAUUUUUUUUUCUUCUGAAUUUUCUGUUAACUGCAUGAACCCUAGGUGGGGAAAGGCUGGCCUAAAUCGAGGCAUUAAGGUCAUAACUGUCCACAAGAAGGCCGAUUCUUGAAGCAAGAUGGCGAUUGUUCAACAAGUCCGUGUAAUGUCUGUGAAAAUAAAAAGUGUUGACUUUGUGUCCAAAUGUAGGAUGAAUUAAAAAUAACUUGAAGUA